AUGAGCCACGCCACGAAACCCUACACUCCCUCCGACCUCGAGCACGACGAGGAAUUCUGGGAGUGCCUGAAGUGCUGCCUUGACACCGAAGAGAGCAGGCGGCAGAUCCAGCUCAUCCGGAAUAUGGCUCGAUACUGCAUCGAGCACAGCGACCUCGUAGAAGUGCGAGAUGAAGACGAGGAUGAUGCACCCAUCGGUGCAAAGCGAAAGCGAGAUAACCAGCCUAUGCAGGAGGAUGAGAGCACCUUCGCCCUCCGCUGCCCCGACACGAUGCAGCUCAACCUCCGCAACCACUUGCACAGGCUCAGGCCCUGGGCUAUGCCAGCCUUCCUAGAUGUCAACUCGACCAAGAAUUACUUCAAAGUGGCUGCGGCAGAAUGGGACGAGUUCCUCGCUGUCAUGCAGCGCACGGCAAUCGACGGGGCGCUGUUCCGCAAGUGCAUCAAGGGAUGGAUCACGCAGCAAUCCACACCUGGGAGAUUCAUCUGUGUGGUCUGUGGCAGGCCCUCCAUCGUCGACCUCUCCGCGAUGCAGGUUGAAACAGAGGGGAACGGAUGCGGGGUCUGCAUCUGCUGCAUCAACAUGGGUGGCCUUACCCCGCCGGGCUUCACCGACCACGCUGUGAAUAACAUGUUCUUCAUCCAGGCGCAGAAGGAGCUUGCCGCUCUGUAUCCCAACAUGAACAUAUCGCUGCAGAUCGACUCACAGGUGCAGGGUGCGGAGGUGGGCCACCUCUCCCGGCCUGACGCGACGCUGUUCUUCGAGUACAACUCACAGGCCACCGUGGUCUACGUCGAGUGCGACCCCGGCAUGAAGCAGAUCCGGCAGCAGGCCAUCCGUGACAAGGAUCUCCUCAAAAUCCAGCAGCUCUACAAGCCCACCACGACCACCACCCUGACGGUCAUGAUCCGGUACGAUCCAAAGAUCGACAGCAGGAUCAAUCACAGCAGCAACCUGUUCCGCUCUCUCUGGGAGAUCAUCCACAGCAUUGCAGACACCGCGUUCAACGGGCACAACUCAUCGGUCGUUCGGAAGACCGGCCGCGUGUUCCUCAACUAUGACUUUGGCACCUUCAAUAAGUUCGGUUACCGCAUGCAGGGCCUGGAUGACUGCUUGUCGAAUAUCCUCUCACCUCUGCAACAGAACGGAUACGCAGAGGCUGUCUGCAACCCCAUACCGCAGUAUGACGUAAAAGAUAUCGACCCCUGCAGCAACAUCGAUUUCUACAAGCACAAGCAGGUCUGGCUGCAGGUUGCCACCGACGUGCACAUGAAUCCGUUCUUCAUCGCCUUUGCAGGAUCCAACAUGAGGAUCGGGAGGGUGAAUGGGAAUUCCACACCGCCUGCAAUUCACCCAAUGCCACAGUGCCCGUGCGAUACCUGCACGGAUUCAACUCUCUGCAGAACACCGUGCAGCUCGACCCUUUCACCAUCCGGAUGGGAAAAGGGCUGCUGGUGCAGGCACUCCUCGUCCAGAGGCACGGCAUACUGUCGACAUACGACGCAAGGCACCUGCUCCCCACCCGCGCCAACGGGCCCAGGAAGAGGGGGGCAAGAUCGAAGAGAGUCAGGAACGUUGAUGAUGAAGAAGACGACGUUUAAUUCACGUUCAAACGAACUGAAUCUGCAAGGCAUGGCAGAGUCCGAUGUACAUCAUACUGCGUUCGUAGACGGCGAGAAACUCCAUUGGAUCGUACUCGGUGUUCAGAGUGUAAAACUCGAGCAACAUCCUGUUGUACUUCAAGCACUCGGCACGGAUGCGGAGCCUCUCCAGGAUCCUGUCGUUCUCCGGUACCUUGCAAUCUUGUAUUGGAUCGCCUGGAAGCGAUUGAGGUCAUAG